GGGCAUGUUACACGAAUGUAUACAGCAGAGUUAUCUUUGACGGCACUGAUGUGUUUCUUUGGGACUAUCCAAACAUCCAUAAUCACAGUAAUUGUGAUCCCAAGGUCAUCCUGGGAACUUCAGUGGGAUGGAGGCUUAAUUCUUAUAGCCAUCCUCUAUGGGGGAAUUGUCAUAACAGGCCUCUCAUACUACGUGAUGACAUGGAGUAUACACAAAAGGGGUCCAGUCUUUACAUCAGCAUUUGUACCACUGCUCAUUGUUUUCUCCUUCCUAUUGGACACAUUUGUACUUGGUGACUCUGCACAUUUGGGGAGCAUUGUUGGAGCUUUUCUAGUAGUUGUGGGGUUCUACCUAAUAUUAUGGGCAAAGGCUGAUGAUAGGAAGAAGAAUGAGAUAAGUGAUGAUAUGUCCAUAAACUCACCCUUGAUUCAACCAUAAAGGAUCAAAAGCGUACUAUCAUCUAUUUUAUGAUAAGAGAACAGGUACAAAUCUAAAAAAUAAUAACACAAGCAGA